CUCUCCCCUGGCGGCCCCGCCCGCCAUAUUGUCCCCGCCGCAGGCCGAACUACUGCAGCCGGAGCGGCGAUGGUUUUAAGGAUUGAAGAAAUAGUCAAACAGUGAGCAGCAGCCAACCUCUCAGGGCAGUCUCCAUACCCUUUGUUGUUAUGGCAGGGGGAAGGCGGGGCCCUAACCGGACAUCCUACUGCCGAAAUCCUCUUUGUGAAACUGGGGCUACUGGGGGUUCUGGACAUUCCACGAGUUCAUCGGUCACUGGUGUGCGCUCACGUACCAGGAGCGGUUCAGGUACAGGCCUCUCCAGCCCUCCUCUGGCAACCCAGACAGUGGUUCCCCUCCGGCACUGUAAGAUCCCAGAGCUGCCUGUGGAGAGGAGUGUCUUGUUUGAACUUCAGCUCUUCUUCUGUCAUCUCAUUGCUCUAUUUGUCCACUACAUCAAUAUCUACAAAACUGUGUGGUGGUACCCACCCUCCCACCCUCCAUCGCACACAUCACUGAACUUUCAUCUCAUUGACUUCAACGUGCUGACGGUGACGACAAUCGUCUUAGCGCGCAGGCUGAUCGGUGCCAUUGUGAAGGAGGCUUCACAAAGUGGCAAAGUCUCCCUGCCACGCUCCAUUUUCCUUGUGAUUACUCGGUUUGCAGUCCUCACUGGGACAGGCUGGAGCCUGUGCCGGUCAAUAAUUCACCUCUUCAGAACCUACUCGUUCCUCAAUCUCUUGUUCCUGUGUUACCCGUUCGGCAUGUACAUUCCUUUUCUCCAGCUGAACUGUGACUUUCGGAAGACAGCCCUCUUCUCCCAAGUGGCUAACAUUGGCCCCCAAGAGAUGGGGGAAGUGAACUCCAGGGGUAAAGACUAUCUAACAGUUUUAAAGGAGACCUGGAAGCAGCAUACCAGGCAAAUGUAUGGCAUGGAGGCCAUGCCCACCCAUGCAUGCUGCCUCUCUCCAGACCUGAUCCGCAAUGAGGUGGAGUAUUUGAAGAUGGACUUUAACUGGAGGAUGAAAGAGGUGCUGGUGAGCUCCAUGCUCAGCGCCUAUUAUGUGGCCUUUGUGCCUGUCUGGUUUGUGAAGAACACUCAGUACUACGACAAACGGUGGUCAUGUGAGCUGUUCCUGCUGGUGUCCAUCAGUACGUCUGUGAUUCUGAUGCAGCAUCUCUUGCCUGCCCGCUACUGCGACCUCCUCCACAAAGCUGCGGCACACCUGGGCUGCUGGCAGAAGGUCGAUCCUGCCCUAUGCUCCAAUGUGCUACAGCAUCAGUGGACAGAAGAAUGCAUGUGGCCCCAGGGGGUGCUGGUGAAACACAGCAAGAACGUGUACAAAGCCGUGGGCCAUUACAAUGUGGCUGUGCCAUCUGAUGUCUCACACUUCCGCUUUCAUUUCUUUUUCAGCAAACCGCUGAGGAUCUUGAACAUUUUAAUUCUGCUGGAAGGAGCUGUCAUCUUCUACCAGCUCUACUCACUGAUCUCGUCAGAGAAGUGGCACCAGACCAUCUCGCUGGCGCUCAUCCUCUUCAGCAAUUAUUACGCCUUCUUCAAGCUGCUGCGUGACCGGCUGGUGCUGGGGAAAGCUUACGCAUACUCUGCCAGCAGAGACUCGGAGCAGAAGUUCAAUUAAAUCGCACUGCUGCUCAGCCUGUAUUACGGGAAAAAACCAACAACAAAACACACACAACCUCAGAGCUUUGUAUUUUUGUUACCACUGCUUUUUUCUUUGAUAACUGAUGUAAUGAAAAGGAAAAAAACAUAUUUUUGUACUCCCAACAGCUGUCUGGGUGUUUGUUAUUUAGCCGCGUCAAACAAUAAGCCUUCCACAUCCUAUUUUUACUUAGAGGGCAUCUCCGCGUUAACAAAUGACUGAACCUCUGCUCUUGACAGGUGCAAAGGUUGUUUAUCUGUGGGGGAGGAGGGUGUUGGGAGGGGUCUGCCUGUGGAGUUGGGGAGGAAUGACUAGAUCAGUGUGAUCGUGUUUAAAAGCUGCUUGUUGGUUGGGAGCAGUCGAGCCAAAGGCCUUGUCUACAGGAGGAGGUUGUACUGACUCGGUGAAAGUGGCGUGGCUCUUUGUGUGGACACGUAGUUUGAGUGCCUUCCUGUGAUUUAGCUUAAAUCAAAAUAAACGCCCAGAGAAGGGGGUCGUGCCACUUUAACUUCAUCUAUUCAGAACCAGAUGAUUCGGAUCAGUGACAUUUCUUCUGUUAGGCCUUGACUACGCCAUCUGGUUUAAAAAUCGUAUUUUAAAAACCAACAAAACCUGCUUUCCCUCCCUCCAACUGGCACUCCCUGAGAUGAUUAGAGUAAGGCUGUGUUUACCCUACAGACGUCUUCUGGCGGAGCUGUGAUGGUCAGGAGCAUGAAGAGAAGUGAUCUCUGACUGACAGAACUGUGCGGGCAGAAGCCCCUAGUGUAGACACAGCUAUACUGGCGAAACGGCUGUUACAUAUAUGGCUUGUUUUGCUUGGAGGUAUGUGGUUUUACUACCGCGGUA